GCGAACGGAUAUGUCACCGCAGGUCGCAUCUGAAGGUUUUGUGCAAAGUUGAAACCACCAAGCCAUAGAGCCAGGAGCAAUCCCCCCAAGGCGAUUCCCUACUGUAAUUGCUAACUGCUGUUUCGUGGGCUUUCCAACAACUCUACCUGUCCUUCCAGACACACCUGUAUAUCCGCUCGCUCCAAAAUGAAUACCUCCACCAUGAGUCGACUAGCGCCCUCACUUUCGCGAUUCGUGAGCUGCCGGACCGUGGCUCCUGUGUCAAAAUCCUUCCGACCUCAAGCAUAUCAAAACAUUUGUGUGCCGAGAAGGUGUUUUUCGGCCAAGUCAAGCUUGUUUGCCAAAAAGUACACCGAGGAUCAUGAGUGGAUUGAAAUUGACACCGAUGGAGUUACUGGCACGAUUGGAAUCACCAAGUACGCUGCCAAAGCUUUGGGCGAAGUGGUAUUUGUCGAACUCCCUGAAAUCGACCUCGAAGUUGCACAGGGCGACACGAUUGGUGCGGUCGAGUCUGUCAAGUCGGCCUCGGACAUUUUGACACCAGUUUCUGGAAAGAUCAUUGAGCACAACAAGCUGUUGGAGGAGAAACCCAAGACCAUCAACGACGGACCUGAGGGUGAUGGAUGGAUCGCCAAGAUUGAGAUCACAAAUGCAUCCGAGUUGGAUGCUCUGAUGAGCAAGGAGGAGUACGAUAACUACGAAAAAGAGUAAAUACCUUGAUAUGCGAUUGGGGUGUUUUCCCUUGUAAGUCGUCGGCACCGAUUCAACACGGGAGGAAUGUUGUUAAGAAGUUACAUUACAAUACAUGACGAUUGCUAGGUAGCCUAGCAUGGAGUCAGGCAACGAGUGGCCUUGAAAGUACAGUUGCCAAUCAAACGAUGAAUCCUCGGCGCUGGCCGGGUUUCCUGCACUGCAUUGACUUGCUUCCUCCUCGACUUUGUGAGUCUUUACUCAAUUCUCUGGUCCUGCUCGCCAGAUUGGCCGUGCAAGCCACUGACACUGGCAUCGUCGAUUUUGUGUCGAUGAGCCUCGGGGUUGAUCUCCAUGUCGGACUCAAAGCCAUCAUCACUGUCAGCCUCACCCAAGUAGGCACUCUUGCUGGCAUCCAUAGGCUCAUAUUUAUCUCCCUCGGCUGC